CCUCUUGUAUCCCAGCAUGCUUUGCAGUCGAUGCGGAGGAAAAUGAAAUCGGCCAUGUCGUGGUAGUCAGCAGUAACUUUCUUUCAGGGAACCGCGCUGACAACAGGAAGAAGGUUAUAGCGAGUAUUUUCGAGAAGAGGACACACGCAGGGAGUUUGUGCACCCAAACGAGGUGUUCUGAGACAGAAAUUAACGUGAAAGAGGAGCCGAAAGGCGGUAAAGAGGACGCCAUGAGCGGCGGGACGCCUUAUAUCGGUAGCAAAAUCAGCCUGAUCUCCAAGGCCCAGAUCCGCUAUGAGGGGAUAUUAUACACCAUCGACACCGAAAACUCCACCGUCGCGCUCGCUAAAGUGAAGUCUUUCGGCACCGAAGACCGUCCUACAGACAGACCAGUGGCUCCGCGGGAUGAUGUCUUCGAAUACAUCAUCUUUAGAGGAAGUGACAUCAAAGAUCUGACCGUUUGCGAGCCACCGAAGCCCAACUGCUCUCUGCCACAAGACCCGGCCAUCGUACAGUCAUCUCUAGUCUCCGCUCCGGCGCCGUCCUUCCAGCCCCUGGGUUCUUACGCGUCCUUCAGCCGACCCCCUGCGCGCGCCUACAGCCAGUUCUCGGCUCCCCCCGUGCCCCAGCCCAUUGGCGCUCCUGUCGCUGCAGGUCGCGCCAGCCCGUCUCUGGAUGUCCCGCGGAAGAGCCCGAGCCUGGAACACGCAGCGCAGCCUGCUCCUCUAGCGCCGCCUGCUGGUUCUGUGAGUCAGAAGAGUCCUGGAGGGGGAAGACCUCCUCCCAACUUGCAGAAACAGCCUGCUGAGAGCCAGGAGCAAAGCAGGGCUGCCGAUGUAGAGAAGGCCACUCGCGCAGAAACGGACUUGAGCAAGAUGGAGAACCGGGAAGCCAGCAAACGCCCGCAAGGCGGAACAGGUGCCUCUGCAGUGAGAAGAGGAAGAGGAGGAAGUGGUGGCGGAGGCGGAGGCGGCGGCGGUGGCGGCGGUGGAGGUGGUGGUGGUGGAAAUCAGCGCGGCCGGGGCCGGUAUAACAUGCGCAGAGACGGACCAAUGAAGUUCGAGAAGGACUUUGACUUUGAGAGCGCCAACGCCCAGUUCAACAAGGAGGAGAUCGACCGCGAGUUCCAGAGCAAGCUCAAAAUCAAAGAUGAGAAGGCGGUGAACGGGGAAGACAAGGGCGACUCGGGCGUGGAGACGCAAAACAGCGAGGGCAACGUGGACGAGGAGGACCCACUGGGACCCAAAUGCUACUACGACAAGUCCAAGUCCUUCUUCGACAACAUCUCCUGUGACGACUCCAGAAGAGAGAAACCUGGAGGGGGCAGAGAGCGGAGGCAGACCUGGGCUGAGGAAAGGAGGAUGAACGCCGAGACGUUUGGCCUCCCGUUGCGCCGAGGCCGUGGGGGUUUCCGGGGCAGAGGGGGCCCUAUGGGUUUCCGUGGCGGUCGCGGGCGUUCAUCCGGACGUGGCUUUUUUGCCCCGCCCCGCGGUGGACCCGGAUUCAGAGGGGGGUUCCGCUCAGGACGGGGAGGACGAGGAGACUUCUCUGAAUUUGAGUACCGGAAGGACAACAAGGUGUCGGCGUAGUUCAGAAGAGGAUCGACUACAGCGUGUCCUACAGGCUGGAGUUCUCCUCCACUCCCCUCUCCCUCCUCCCCUAUAGACACUCUGUCCGUCUGUCCUAAAUCUACAUCCAGUGCGGGUCGGCCUACCCCAGCUGGACUCGUUCCUCCUUUCUGCUUCCCUCCUCUUUUUUCUUUUUUCUUUUUUUUUUUUUUAUUUGUUUGUUUUUUUUUUAGAAAAGAAAACAAAACAAAAAAAGUAAAUCUUCAGAUCUUUCUUUGAUACAGACACGGAGGGGGGGAAAAAAGCGUGAGACUUUAGUGAAAUUACUUUUCAGUAUUUUUGCAUCAGCGUUUUAGUUCCUUUCUUACGGAGGAAUAAUAAUAAUAAUGGGAUUGAAAUGCAUUUGGUGAUAUUCCUCUUAGGUGCACGCACACACACGUACGCGCGCACACGUGCGCACGCCGACGCCCGCUGAUACUGUGAGCUCCCAUCAGUUAUAUAGCUUUUUAUUUUUUUUCUUUCGGUUCCCGUCUUAUAGAAGCACCAAAUCCGUCUGUGUGUCCUGUGUGGUCACGAUGGAGAGCGUCACCCUCACAGCCUGAACCACUUCUCGAUUAGACACGUGACUCCACUGCGAGUAGCUACAGCAUGUUCUCUUUCUCUGGUGCUUUCCUCCUAGUUUUAUUUUUUUUUAUUUUUAUUGUAGUGACUUUUUUUUUUUCUUCUUCUUCUCUCCUCCUGACGAUUCGCCCCCCUAUUUCCUCACCCGAAUGGUCUGAUCCGGCCGUUUCCUAAAUUCUCAUCAACUCCGAUCUCAAAUGUUGGCUAAUGAGUAAGAAAAGACAACUAUAUGUUGAAUGUAAUAAUGCUGGUGUGAAGUUAGCGAGCACUCGAAGGGAUUUUAGAAAUAUUAUUAUUAUUAUUAUUUUUUUUUUCUGGUUUAAGGAAUUACUCCCGUAUGUCUUUCCAGUGCCAUUGUAGACAGGAAGUGUUCCCUGUACCCUGCUGGAAGAGACUGCUUCCUUUCUUUCUUUCUUUCUUUCUUUCUUUUGGGGGGAAAAAGAAAUCACACAUUCGCUUAGAAUUGAUUAAAGUCGAGAUGCGAGCGCCAGUGGGUAUCGCCUUUCACCGAUUACGCAGAUGUCUUUUUGUCAGGCUCUUUGAUACGUCGACGUGUUUCAAUUCUGUUACAUUUGCCGCACAACUAAUCGCCGUUGUCUGUCGAGUUCUUCAGGGAUUGUCCAGCGCACUCUUUAACAGUACGAUCAGAUCCCCUCAAAGAAAAAAAAAAUCAUUUGCACUUUAGAGACGAUUAACGCCAUGAUACACAAACUUGGUUUUUGUUUGUUCGUUUCUGCGCCAUGUUCUCUUUACUUUGGCUUUAAAUAUGAGUAGCUCUGGUUUUUUUUGUUUUUUUUUUUGUGUGUUUUUCUUUAAAGUCUUAUUAAACUUCGAAUCUGAGAGAGACAGAGAGAGAGGGGGGAUGUAUGACGUGAAGAACAGAUGUGUUGAUAACGUGAAUCUAGCGCUCGUGUAAUGAGGUUUGAAUUCUGUUUGAGAACCUGGUAGCGUUACAACAAAUGAGGUCAUGGGUUUAGAGACUGGCCCGCCGCUCUGGUGCACCGCCGCUCUAGUCUCAUCUUAAAAAAAAAAAAAAUCAACUUUUUAGGGUCUAUAAAAAGGUUUCUGCUUGGAGUGGGGAUUCAGAUGGUUUGAAAUCAAAUCGGGACGUUUUGGCGAAGCUUUUGAAGCGUCCCUGAGCUUACAAGCUCAUGCGCGAAUGAUUCUCCCCCCCCCCCCUUUUUUUUAAAAGAAAAUUAAAUAAAUAAAUAAAAGAGAAGUGCUGAGCAAGCCUGUCAGACCAUGACAUUACCACUAACUCUUCACUUUUUUCAGCUUGAGGUUCAACACAAUAUAAUGAUGUACAUUGCACUAAGAUAAGAUGCCUGGUGUGUGUGUGUAUAUAUACACACACACACACACACACACACACACACACGAAAAAAUUUGACAGUUUGAUGGUGAACCUGGUCGCCGGCUUGAGUUAUACAACAAAAUCGUUUACUUUUAAUAUCUGUUACAUAGCAAGCUGGAGAAGUGGAAUAGCAGAAGGGAUAGCGGUGAUGUCAUGGUCACAUGGUGGUGCGAUUAGCCGAUCGGAUGAUCUCGUGCUUUUCGGAUGCGUCAGUGAUGAACUCUGUGUGCGCGCGCGUGUGUGUGUGUGUGCGGAGGGUUGAUUGUGUAGGACCGCUGAUCCAGGGUCAGUGUUGAGUUUAAUUCAGGAUUCCUCCGCUGUGCUCAUGAACGAAUUCCAGCUCUAUGAGAUCCUUUAUCGCGUGGUAUUUAAUUCAUCUUUUUUUUUUUUUCUUUUCCCCUCCCCCUGAAUGUCAACGGAGCACUUUUCCGCUUCUCUACCAGCAUUUGGGAGUUUGUAUGCAUUCUACAUUUUUGUUUUUUUUUUUGUUGUUGUUGUUUCGUUCGUUUCUUCUUUUCCUGCUCGUGCAAGGUUUAUGAUGAAAGACACUCGUCCGUGCUUCGUCCUUUCGUCUCGUAUCAAUAAGACUCGGUAAGGUUCGUGUUCUUGUCGUGGCUUGAGGUUACCUUUGUGGCUCUUGUGUACUUCCUGUAGGCGCUACGCGAUGAACCUUAGCUACAUGUGGCAUAUUAUUAUUAUUAUAAUAUUGGUCUAUUGGUAGGCAGCUAGUAUAAAGCCCUGCAGUUCAGGAUGAGCCGUCUGAUUGGACGAUUUGGUCGUGGCUUGGAGGACAGCAUGAAGGGAAAUGCCUUAAUGAGCCAGAGAAGUUGUGUGUCGUAAGUAUUCUGGUUGUAUUGAGCGCUCUCUUGCUCGUGUAGUGCAGUGCUGAGGACGGGUAAAUCCUCUGGUGUGUCAAAUUUGGGAUUUUGCUCUAGCAAGAGAGUGUGUCUGUGUGCGUGUGUGUGUGUGUGAGAGAGAGAGAGAAGUGAUAGCGAGUCCUGGACUGAUGCAAUAAUCACAUUAACGCCACACACUGCCCCGGUCCUCCUCCUCCUGCUCAUGAGAUGUCAGACUGUACAUACAGAGUUUCAUUUUGUAAAGGUGAAACAGGAUUCUUUUCUCUCUUCUAAAAGAAUUUGAUUGGCUAACGUGUUUUUUGUUUUUUUUUUUGGUUUUGUUUGUAUUUCCUGAAUAAAGCAAUUGUACAGCAUGGUGUACUUUCAGUGACCAGCUUGAGGUUUUUAUUCAGAAAUGAGAAAUAAAUAGUUGUUCAAAA